UUUUCAGCUGAAGAAGUGAUGUUUCAACCGAAAUCGUUAGUUGAAAUUUCACAAUCUGAAAUAAGUAAAUGUAUGGCUAGGAAAAAGCAGGGGAUAUUAGAGCUUGGAUCAUUUCUACCACGAACGGUGUUCUAAGGAUUGUUGAAAGAUCAUAAAAGAGUUGUGUUUGUAGACGUAUGGAAAAAAGUAGAUAAUACUGAAAAUGCUUACAUCGAAUUCAACCAAAUGGAUUGCGAAUCGGAACUGAACUAUUAUAAUUUCAGCUGGCAUAAUUUUAUGAAAAAUGAAAAUGAUUGGAUGUAUUUAUUAUAUCAAAACGAAUGGGAGUUCUUUUACUCUAAAAGAGAUUUAACGAUAAUUUCAAUUUCAUAUAUUUCUUCUGAUCUAUCUUUAUCGAUCUGCUCUAUAUGUCAUACAACGAUACAAUCAUUUUACCCAUUUAUUAUGAAUAAUUUCAAUUUCAAACGACAAAUUUUAGGAUUGGAUGUUACCACAGACGAUUUACCCGAUUUCCUCAGAGAUGAAAACCACUGGUGUAGUAUUUGCAUAAGCCAUCCAUUGUUCACUAUAGAUGUAUAAUCAUUCUCAGUAAACAAUAGAUUUAUGUAGAGUAUCUUUCUAGUUUGACCGCAUAUAUUAAGGAUUUUUAAAUAAAUUCGCUACUUAAAGAUGUUGAUCCCCAGUUUUCUUCUCGAAUUCAAACGCAUAGUUGCAAGUAAAUUAAACGAUCUCAGACCACACUUAAUUAAUUGUUUUUCAUUUGUGAUAGGUAUAGGGUAAAAAAUCAAUGAGUAUGAGUAUGAGUAAGAUUUUAUUUUCAGCAUGAUUUUACAUAAUUAUGAUAGGAAUGCAUAUACUGUCGAUUGGAUGUUUUUCUAAGCAUACUGGACACUCUUUGAACGACGGUGCACAAUAGAUACAAUACUAUCACUCACAAGACACUAUAUGUUCAUAAGGUAGAAGCGAAAUCUUUUUUCAGUAGUAGAGAAUUGUAAUGUGGGAAUCAUAGUAUGUGUUGUUUCCAAGGUCGUCAUCAUCCUCACAUUUCCAUUCACUAUUCCACAAUAGAAACGACACGUCGAGAUAGUAAAAAAUCCGGCGUUCGAUAAUUCAGAUGGUUUUGCUUCAUACGCUUUGGUCAAUUCUUGUAGGUUGAUAGCCUAGUUUCGUAUAUGAUUUGAUUCAGGAAGCAAGGAUCUUUGGCUCUGACUCUGCAGUCUUCAGGUAUUGAAUUUGGAGAAAUUUUUACAUUCGAACACAUCUUGUUGUUGACUGUGGUUUGAAGAUACACUGAGACUACUUGUUAGUGGUUAAGUCGUGUAGAAAUGAUUAGGAAGUUGUCUGCGGUAAAAACGAUACUGAUAAGGUGUGUCUCUGAAUAUUGAAAUUUUGAUUAAGUGGGUGCUCCUCUAGUGAAAUCGAGAGAUAAAUUUUCAUAUGGAAUAUCCAAAAUCAUUUCUUUAUAUAAAUCAAUAUAGAUGGUGCUAGUGGAAAUAUAUUACUGAAAAGGAUGAUAUAUUCAGAUAAGUAUUUGACAGUUUUUUCCAUAAGAAUGGUUAAUAGAUUUGUAUAUAUCCUGAGCACAGCUAAAAACUACGAGAAAAUCAGAAACGAAAAAUGUGACAAUUUUUUAUUUAGAAAAGCAUAAUUUCAAUAUCCAAUAUAUUUCGACUAAUAAAUAACUCCAGCUCGCCGAAGAUGGUCCACCAAAUAUUGUAUUCUUUCCGCUGUAUAUUCAGUAAAUUUCGUGUGAUACAGUAGUCGUAGCUCAUCAACUACAUCAUUGAUUUCGAGUGUAGCAUAAUCUCUUCCGGGGUCCUGUGAUCUUUGAUCGGCUUUCAUACGUUCUUGUAAUUCAUCAUGUUUAAUGAAGAUAUGUUUUUUCAAUGUAUCAUUUCGCGUGAAUUUCUUUCCACACACAGUACAAGGGAAUUCAAUUUUCUUAUGUUUAUUUAGGUGUCUGCUCAAAUUAUUAGGUAGAGUAAAAUUUUUUCUACAGAUUUGACAAGUAUACAUCUUGUUUCUUGUUACAGAAAAUAGAGACUGCUCAGUAUCCGCUUUGUAUCCACUUUAUAUCCGCUUUGUAUCCGCUUUAUAUCCGUUUUUAUUUAUGAGUAUCCGCUUUAUAUCCGUUUUUAUUUCUGAGUAUCCGCUUUAUGUACACUUUCCACGUAUUCGAGUACCUUUUCAUAACUUUGGAAGCUUCGGGCAUCUUCGUGUAUCUUCGUGUAUCUUCGUAUCCCCUCAUAAAUCUAUAUGGAGCUUACAAGAUGAUUUAUGUUUCAGCUGCAUCGAGAAUGUUCGACAUGAAAGGUUGUCUACAGUUGAUAACAUCGUUAGUGGCUUUAUACAUGAGCACGCAUGAUGAGAGUGUAAUAGAUGAUGGUUUGAAAAAUUGUUCCCUGGCUAUACGAAGAAUCAAUAAAAAAUUAAAAAAUACUUCGUCUGUUGGAGGAAAGCAGAGUCUUUUAACUACCCUGAACCAUGUGAAGUCUUACAGAUCUAAAUUCAAGUUCUUGAGAAAAAAGGGGUCUGGUAUCGAAAGUCGUCGAAAAGAGACAGCUAGGGAUAGAGUGAAAUGGAAUGAUUCUACAUCGGCAUUUGGAUCGAGAAUUCGAACUGGAGUUAUCGCUAAUUUAAAACAUAAAGAUCCUAAGGAUUUUCUCAUGGAUUCUCGAUCUAUCUUUCACAGAAGAUUAAUAAAUGCUCUGAAAAAGGAUGAAGCUGUGAAGGUGAAUGCAGUGUUCUGUGGAGAGUUUCGGAUCAUGACAGCGAAUAAAAUUCAGGAGGAAUACAAAUAUUUCACUACAUCAAACUCGCCUAUUUACCGAGACACAAACAUCACCGAAUGGUUCAAUAAGAAUGUCUUGGUACCCAUCUUGAAGGAACUCGAAGAAUUCCAAGAAAGAGAUAGUGGAUGGGCUUUGGUGAAUGUUGUUAACCUUGGGGUGAAUAUAAAUAAGUUUACACCUCAACUUGGAAGCUCCUACAUCAAAUUGCCACCUCAAAUUCGCGAUAAGAAUGCUUGUAUAAAUAUAAAAAACAAAGAUGAAGCAUGUUUUGCAUGGGCUGUUACAUCUGCAUUACACCCCGUUGAAAUGCAUCCUGAACGAAUAUCCAAGUAUCCACAUUAUUCCAAAGUGUUGAAACUAAAGGGGAUACAAUUUCCUAUGACAAUGAAACAGAUACCUAACUUUGAGAAGCAAAACCAGAUAUCUAUCAACGUAUAUGUUUUGAAGAAAGAACAAGACGUAUUCAAUACAUUUCCAUCAUACCUAACAAAUAAUAUGAUGAAAAAACAUGUGAACCUCCUCCUCCUAGUACAAGACCGCUAUACAGAUGAUGGUACUCCAGUUCGAUAUCAUUAUGUAUGGAUCAAAAAUUUAUCUCGUCUUGUAUCGAGUCAGUUGAGUAGGGAAAAGAAUCGAAAAUUCAUAUGUGAUAGAUGCCUACGGUACUUCCGAUCACAGGAAAAAAUUGAUAAGCACUCAGAAGAUUGUAGGAAUAUGAACGAAACCUCUAUAAAAAUGCCUGAAAUAGGAAAAAAUAUUCUCAAAUUCAAAAAUCAUCAGAAUAAGGAGAAGGUUCCAUUCUUAAUUUAUGCUGAUCUGGAGAGUAUAUUGAAGCCUACUAAUUCAAAAAAUAACUAUCAAGAACACAAAGCUGCAGCAGUUGGAUACUAUGUAAAGUGUUCUUAUGAUGAUACCCUAAGUUUUUAUCGUUCAUAUCGAGGACCUAAUUCUAUGACAUGGUUUGCAGAUGAAAUGAAUCAAUUUGCUGAAGACGUUGAAACAGUGUUUCUUUGCCCUUAUGAUAUUGAUAUGACGUCAAAGCAGGAGGUCGAAUUUCGGAAAGCUACUCACUGUCAUAUCUGUGAAGAAAGUUUCAAACCUGGAGAGAAAAAAGUACGAGAUCACAAUCAUCUAUUAGCCGAAAACAAUUAUCGUGGAGCAGCACAUGAAGGAUGCAAUAUCAAUUAUAAGGAUAGCCACACGAUUCCUGUAGUGUUCCAUAAUUUAAGUGGGUACGAUGCCAAUUUUGUGAUAAAAGAUAUCGCUACAAGGAUGGAAGGAAAGAUUGAAUUACUGCCGAUAACGAAGGAAAAGUAUAUCAGCUUCACUAAACACUAUGAUGAAUAUUGUGUCAAUUUCCGAUUCAUCGAUAGCUUUCGAUUUAUGUCUUCCUCACUAGAUCGAUUAUCUUCAGGUUUAGAAGAUUUUCCCAACCUCAAAUCACAAUUUCCUAAUGAACCUGAGGAGCAUAUUAGUCUUCUCACAAAGAAAGGGGUAAUGCCGUAUGAUUAUAUCGACUCUAAUGACCGAUUCAAUGAAACCUCUCCCACCAAUUGA